AUGUUUAUUAUCCCUAAUAUUUAGAUAAUAAAUUAGUAUUACAUUUUUUUUAUUUUAAUGGCGCAGUUGUGUUCCGUUACACUUCUUUCUGCAUUGUGCAUAUUGUUACGUAGUGCGACAAAGAUCACACAUAGAGCACAGGCGAUCACAGGGCUGGCUGCCAAGUGGCAUGUUUGUGCGACGUUGGAUUCGUUCGACGGAGCAGGCGCCGGUGAUGGACUAGUGGCAGCGGCUGAGAAUUCCACAGAGAGAAUCUUCCCUCACGUUGGUACGGAUGGAGAUUCAUCAGAUACUGAUGAUGGUGGUGACGAAGAAGAUGACAUUAAUUCUACCAAGUUAAUCCCGUCUUAUGCUUACAGCACUAUUUCAUAUCAAAAGACACAAGCCCUUGUGAAUUAUUUUGAGAACAAUGGAGCAGGGAUUACGAUGUUCGGAGUGAUGUUAGAUAGGGGAACGCUUAACACCAUAUUCGGUAUUGAGAUGUCGCUGGUUCUUUGGUUGCUUGGCAAAACCAUUUUUCUCUAACUCACUUUAAUUGCUAAAUAAAAUAAUAAGAAAAUGAGUUGUUUAUUUAUACUUCAUGAAUAACCUACUUUCUUUGCUCUGCUUCUCCUCUCGCUGGCGGCUACAAAUUGGAAGAGAUUAUUUCUAUAGGUUUCAAAUUUUGAUGUGAAAUCUUUUUUUUAUUAUUUAAAUGUUUUCUUUCAUGUUUUCCGAGUAUUAUUCUCUCUAUCCACGACUUCUUGUAAUUAUAUGUUCCUCUAUUAAAUUUUUAUUUAUUUAAAUUUUUCAUGUUUUCUUUUUUUUUUAAAUAAAUAAAAGGCAAGACAAGAUGGUGGUGUGAAGUGUGAUAAUGGAUGUGAGAUGGGGAAGGGAUUGUGAUGGUUGAUAAUGUUAAAAUAUUUUAAGAAGAAAACUUACUAUUUGAUUACUAAAGGCCUAAAUGCAAGAACUCCAAUUAUACAUGUUUCUAACUCAACGCUACAGAUAGGGUCGUGUACAUGUUUAGGCCUAACUUAAUUCGACCUAC